GCCUGGUCAGGGAAACAAAAGAAAGAGAGCAAUUUUUGAAGAUCAGUAAACAAGAAAAACGCGUCAACCUAGCUCCUACCUCUACAGCGCACGCGUCAAAUCCAGAUACUACUAAUCACCAUCAUCAUGUCUACAAACUCCCUCGGCCUCCCUCUCCCCCUCCCAAUAACAGCAACCUUCGCCCUCCCUUUGACUCUCUACUACCUCCUCCUCCAAUCCCGCGUCGUAGCCCAACGCGUCCGAACCAAAACCAUAAUCGCCCAACAAACCACCAAACCCACCACCACCUCCUCCUCCGAACAAGCCGACCCCCUCUUCAUCGCAACCCGCUCCCAAAGCAACUUUGUCGAAAACGUCCCAUUGGCACUCCUCCUCUCCGCAUUCGUAGAACUUAACAACGGGAGUCAAAAAAUUUUGACGAUUGCAUUGGGAGCUUUAACGAUUGCGAGGGUUUUGCAUGUGGAAGCGGGGUUGUUGGUGAAGGGGAAUAAAGGACGGGGGAGACCGGUGGGGUUUUUGACGACGUUGGGGGUGAAUUUGGGACUUGCGGGGUAUGGGGCGUGGUUGGUGAGGGGGUAUUGGGGUUUUUGAUGAGGGAGAGAGAGGGGGAGAGGGAAUGUGGAUCAUUGGUGAAUGGAGAUGGAAGAGAUGUGGGUAGAAGAGAGCGGAGGGGAAGAGUGAGG